UUUUCUAAAUUAUGGAAAUUUUGUGGAAGACGUUGACCUGGAUUUUGAGCCUCAUCAUGGCUUCAUCGGAAUUUCAUAGUGACCACAGGCUUUCAUACAGUUCUCAAGAGGAAUUCCUGACUUAUCUAGAACACUACCAGCUAACUAUUCCAAUAAGGGUUGAUCAGAAUGGAGCUUUUCUCAGCUUUACUGUGAAAAAUGAUAAACACUCCAGGAGAAGACGGAGUAUGGACCCUAUCGAUCCACAGCAGACAGUAUCUAAGUUAUUUUUUAAACUUUCAGCCUAUGGCAAGCACUUUCACCUAAACUUGACUCUCAACACAGAUUUCGUGUCCAAACAUUUUACAGUAGAAUAUUGGGGGAAAGAUGGACCCCAGUGGAAACAUGAUUUUUUAGACAACUGUCAUUACACAGGAUAUUUGCAAGAUCAACGUAGUACAACUAAAGUGGCUUUAAGCAACUGUAUUGGGUUGCAUGGCGUUAUUGCUACAGAAGAUGAGGAAUAUUUUAUUGAACCAUUAAAGAAUACCACAGAGGAUUCCAAACAUUUUAGUUAUGAAAAUGGCCAUCCUCAUGUUAUUUACAAAAAGUCAACCCUCCAGCAACGGCAUCUGUAUGAUCACUCUCAUUGUGGGGUUUCAGACCUCAUAAGAAGUGGCAAACCGUGGUGGCUGAAUGACACGUCUGCUUUUCCUUCUUCACUACCAAUUAAUGGCACGCAUAUCCGCCACAGACAGAAGAGAUCAGUAAGCAUCGAGCGGUUUGUGGAGACACUGGUAGUGGCAGACAAAAUGAUGGUGGGCUACCAUGGCCGCAAAGACAUUGAACAUUACAUUUUGAGUGUGAUGAAUAUUGUUGCCAAACUUUACCGUGAUUCCAGCCUAGGAAACGUUGUGAAUAUUAUAGUGGCCCGCUUAAUUGUUCUUACAGAAGAUCAGCCAAACUUGGAGAUAAACCACCAUGCAGACAAGUCCCUCGAUAGCUUCUGUAAAUGGCAGAAAUCCAUUCUCUCUCACCAAAGUGAUGGAAACACCAUUCCAGAAAAUGGGAUUGCCCACCACGAUAAUGCUGUUCUUAUUACUAGAUAUGAUAUCUGCACUUAUAAAAAUAAGCCCUGUGGAACAUUGGGCUUGGCCUCUGUGGCUGGAAUGUGUGAGCCUGAAAGGAGCUGCAGCAUUAAUGAAGACAUUGGCCUGGGUUCCGCUUUUACCAUUGCACAUGAGAUUGGUCACAAUUUUGGUAUGAACCAUGAUGGAAUUGGAAAUUCUUGUGGGACGAAAGGUCAUGAAGCAGCAAAACUUAUGGCAGCUCACAUUACUGCAAAUACCAAUCCUUUUUCCUGGUCUGCCUGCAGUCGAGACUAUAUCACCAGCUUUCUAGAUUCAGGCCGUGGUACUUGCCUUGAUAAUGAGCCUCCCAAGCGUGACUUUCUUUAUCCAGCUGUGGCCCCAGGUCAGGUGUAUGAUGCUGACGAGCAAUGCCGUUUCCAAUAUGGAGCAACAUCCCGCCAAUGUAAAUAUGGGGAAGUGUGUAGAGAGCUCUGGUGUCUCAGCAAAAGCAACCGCUGUGUCACCAACAGUAUUCCUGCAGCUGAAGGAACACUCUGUCAAACUGGGAAUAUUGAAAAGGGGUGGUGUUAUCAGGGAGAUUGUGUUCCUUUUGGCACUUGGCCCCAGAGCAUAGAUGGGGGCUGGGGUCCCUGGUCACUAUGGGGAGAGUGCAGCAGGACCUGCGGGGGAGGCGUCUCCUCAUCCCUAAGACACUGUGACAGUCCAGCACCUUCAGGAGGUGGAAAAUAUUGCCUUGGGGAAAGGAAACGAUAUCGCUCCUGUAACACAGAUGAAGCUUUGAAAUCUGAAGGGGAUGAUUACUAUAUUAAUGGUGCCUGGACUAUUGACUGGCCUCGGAAGUUUGAUGUUGCUGGGACAGCUUUUCACUACAAGAGACCAACUGAUGAACCAGAAUCUUUGGAAGCUCUAGGUCCCACCUCGGAAAAUCUCAUUGUCAUGGUUCUGCUUCAGGAACAGAAUUUGGGAAUUAGGUAUAAAUUCAACGUUCCCAUCACUCGGACUGGCAGUGGAGACAAUGAAGUUGGCUUUACGUGGAAUCAUCAGCCUUGGUCAGAAUGCUCAGCUACUUGUGCUGGAGGUGUCCAAAGACAGGAGGUGGUCUGUAAAAGAUUGGAUGACAACUCUAUUGUCCAGAACAAUUACUGUGACCCUGAGAGUAAGCCACCUGAAAAUCAAAGAACCUGCAACACUGAGCCCUGCCCACCUGAGUGGUUCAUUGGGGAUUGGUUGGAGUGUAGCAAGACUUGUGAUGGUGGAAUGCGCACCAGGGCAGUGCUCUGCAUCAGGAAGAUUGGACCUUCUGAGGAGGAGACACUGGACUACAGUGGUUGUUUAACACACCGGCCUAUUGAAAAGGAGCCCUGCAACAACCAGUCAUGUCCACCUCAGUGGGUGGCUUUGGACUGGUCAGAAUGCACUCCCAAAUGUGGUCCAGGAUUCAAGCAUCGGAUUGUUCUGUGCAAGAGCAGUGACCUCUCUAAAACAUUCCCAGCUACACAGUGUCCAGAAGAGAGCAAACCCCCUGUCCGUAUCCGCUGCAGUUUGGGUCGCUGCCCUCCUCCUCGCUGGGUGACUGGAGACUGGGGCCAGUGUUCUGCUCAGUGUGGCCUUGGCCAGCAGAUGAGGACUGUGCAGUGUCUCUCCUACACUGGACAGGCAUCUGGUGACUGUCCAGAAACUGUUCGACCCCCAUCGAUGCAGCAGUGUGAAAGCAAAUGUGACAGUACCCCCAUUUCCAAUACUGAAGAGUGCAAAGAUGUGAACAAAGUGGCUUAUUGCCCACUGGUGCUGAAGUUCAAGUUCUGUAGUCGAGCAUACUUCAGACAGAUGUGUUGUAAGACCUGCCAAGGACACUGACCCAUGGAAAGCCAGAGAGAGCGCCUUGUCAUUUCAUCGUGGAAAUGCGUCCAUCAAAGAGAGCCACCCAGAGGAAGAGGAUUGAUGGCCUUGCAAAUGCAUUACCCUGUGGAAAACGUAACCACUGGUCAGCCCUAGCUGACAGGAUUUCAAUAUUAUUUUAACUUCUGUGAAGUGGGAUUUAUUGAUCCAAAGUGCUGGACACGGUAUUAAGGAGGGAAUGCCAGAUCGGAGAGAUCCAAACAACACAGGGAGACUUGCUUACUGUGGAACGUUUGUGUUCUUUCGAGUAAAUCCAAUAGCCUGUUUACCUCCUUGGACCAUUAAGAUAUUUUUUAUUAUGGACUUAGCAAUGACACUGAAUCCAUUUGUAUUUAAAACUGUUUAAAAUGUAGCUGUUAUGACUUGGUCAACUAUGGAAGUAAAAGAAGAUUCAGAAAUCUUAAGUCAUAGCUUAAAAAUAUUUACUAUACUUUAUCUCACUACAACAGCACCACAAUUUAAAUUCUAAAACGGGCUUUUAAUUGUAAUUUAAGGAGCAAUUAUAAAUCAAAAGUAAUGAAAGUUUGUAUUAUUUUUCUUCAUUCCACUUAAUUUCCUUAGGAAUAAUCCCCCUGUUCUGAACACUGCUGUGAGCCAUGUAUAAACUCUAUUAAACCGAACAACAGUGAAGGACUUAGCUGAAGGCAGUGCAUCAGUUACUGCCGCUGUGCAAGUCUGUAAAUUCUGUGCUAAAAGACUGUGGCCAACUUGCCAUUGUGCAAGUGAAGCUGAGAUUUCCAUUAAAACUUUAAGAGAAAAACAUUUCGAUUUCAUGCAGAAGCCAGACCAGGGGUACGGUAGAGCCGAAGAACCAGGCCCUUUGCUGCCAUCACACAGGAUGCCUCAGUUCUUCUCUGAGUCACCCCACCUCAAUUGUGUUUACAUCCUCAGCGGCCACAGAGCAGCUUCUGCCCCGUUGGAUUGUUGCACGCGUGUUGAGCUUACUGAAAUGAUGCCGUGCAAAAGAUAGACUGGCUCAGUAACAACCAGGCAGAUCCUUUUGCUGACAAUUGUGAUGGGUUCCAGAUGUCCCUUCUUUGAUAUGGCAGAAGGGCAUUUAUUUAUAUGAGAGCAAGUGUGUGUGUGUGUGUGCGGGCGCUUUUGAGUGUGUGGGUUAGAUGAGUGUGCUUGCACAUAAAUGUGCUAUUUCUGAGUUUUAAAGUAGGCAAGGGAUAACAACCAAAGAAGAAAAACUCAUGAAGCCUAAAGAUCAUAAAGCAUAAUUUUAAUAGUCACUCAACCAACUAUUUUGUAUUUGUUAUGGAUACUCUGAAUGGCAAUUAAAUGUGAAACCAAGUUUCUUGGGCAAGUCAAUUCUAGAAUCAAAUCCAGAAUCCUAAAUUAAAUUGACUAGCUCAUAUUUUCCCUAUCCACAAAUAAUUUCAUAUCAUGCUCAUCAAAAGCUUCAACAGUGGGAUUAAAAGAAAGGUAAAAAAAAGAGGGUACUUGUUUAUGUUUUGUACUUGAACACUUGUAGCUUGCAGCAGGUUCUUGAUGAAUGAGCUUUGUAUCCUACAGGUGUGUACACCGUGCUACACCAACACCUCAAACUCAAACCAAAUGGCUACUUUGUAAAGAUACUACUUGCAGUUAAAGAGUAUGUUUGAGUUAAACCCGUCACUGUGUGUGCUCAGACUACAUGUCAGGUGUAUCGCCUACACCAUGACCUAAGGUAGAUGAUUAGCUUUUUUCAGAAAGGAAAAGAGACUCACAGACUUCAAAAACCAACCUAAACGUCAGGUUUGCUAUGGACAGUCAGCACGGGAUGUUGUUCUGCACACUCAGUCGUGGUCAUCCCUAUUUUCUCGCCUGCUUUCUCUCUCAACACCACAGCUCACGUCCCUGAGCUUGCCAGAGAAAGCUCCUGACAAUACACAGAAAUUGCCAGGGCCCCUAUGUAUUCUGCCCUGAGAAGUCAAGCCCAAGUGCCAUCUAUUCAGUGAAGACGAGGCAGCCCAUGAGCAGCAUGGCCCCAGCACUGAAUUCCCUUGGUCCCUUGCAAAGAGCAGUUAACUUGGUGCUAAUGUGCCCUGGUGAAAUAAAUAAAAGAUGAGUGGUUUCUGUGGCAUUUUAGGCAUAGGUUUCCUGUUAGGAUCUGGUUUUCCCCACAUAAAUAUCAGCUCAUGUUUUUAUUCCAAAAAGAUUUCUUACAUUACUGACUUAAGUCUAUUCUACACCUCACCUGGAAACUAACGUUGUGAGGACCAUUGCUCUGGGCUCCCUUGACUGACGUUAGAAGAGGGGGCAGCUAGUGCCGCAAGGCCAGGAGCAGAGAGCUUCCUGGCGCAGCAUCGGAUUACUCUGCUAGAAGGAACCGAGCACAGAAUGUGACAGGACUAAACCUGAGUGCGGAAACAAAUCGUAUUCUACAGCACAUCACAAUACCGCUGCUAACUCUGUAGUCAACCACGUGGCUACGUGAUAUGCUCUCUUCCUAAAUGCUAGCGAUAGGAUUGUCAGUGGAGGCUGAGCCACCAUGGCAGGACUUCCCAAAAGUAGCAUGCUAUGUGGGCUACUUAGGGAGCCCCAAGGAAACUGGUACCCCAUGGCUGAGAGCAGUACCUGCCACUGACAUAAAGUCCUGCCAAAAAAAGGAAAGGUAAAUAUACCCAACUGAUGAAAGCCCUUGAGAUACAUAUGACUCCCCAAACAGUCCAUUUCGUUAGGAAUUUUAUUGGAGUGAAUAUCACAUAGGUAUCCUUAAUAAUACAGAAUGAAAUUACCUUUGUAUUAUUGUGAUUAGUUGUUGCUUAUUAUUUUAUACUCAGUAUUAAUGUGGUACACUGUUACUUUUUUUUUUUUGCUUUUGUAAAUUAUAUUCUAAUUUAUUGCCAUGUUUCCUAACACUUGUCCUACAUUCAUUCUCCUGCUUGUAAUGAAAAUGAAAAAGUCAUUGUAACACUUGAUGGAGUGAAAUUCCACACCAGGCACAGAUUUUUUUUUUAACAUAGAUAAUUUAGUAAAAAUAAAAAUUCAGCUUGUAA